GAGAUCUGGUCAUUCUGAUGGUGUGGAGGACCACUUGUCUGCUGCUAUUGGACUGGUGCACCAGAACCCCUUCCAGCCAUGAGCUAAGCCCUCCCUAUCCUAGGCAUCCUGGGUAGGAUGACGGCUGUGUGCCCCGCUGGGGUGGGACCUGCUGGGGCUACAGUGGUGUGCUCCAGGGGGUCUGGGACUGGGGUUUUGACUGGGAGCACAGCGGGUCAGGACAAGAGAUACGCACGCUGGAGCCGCUUGGAGAGCUCGAACAUCACUACAGAUGACGAGGGGGUCCCUGGCCACCGCAUCACCCCCCUGGAGAGGCUAAACCUGGACAUGUGCCAGGACGACAGGGUGGUCCGUGAGCUUACCUUGGGCCGGCGUAUCAGCUUCUACAAGGUCCGUGGAGAGAUCGGAUGUGGAAACUUUUCCCACGUCAAACUGGGGAUCCACGCCCUCACAAAAGACAAGGUGGCCAUUAAAAUCCUGGAUAAGACCAAGCUGGACCAAAAGACCCAGAGGUUACUAUCCAGAGAGAUAUCCAGCAUGGAGAGACUGCAACACCCCAACAUCAUACGCCUUUACGAGGUGGUGGAGACAUUGUCACGGUUACAUCUGGUGAUGGAGUAUGCAGGCGGAGGCGAGCUCUACACCAAGAUCAGCACAGAGGGGAAACUGUCCGACAUAGACAGCAAGAUCGUCUUCUCUCAGAUCCUCUCAGCUGUCAAACACAUGCAUGACAACAGCAUCAUUCACCGUGACUUGAAGGCAGAGAACGUCUUCUACACCUGCAGCACCUGUGUCAAGGUGGGAGACUUCGGAUUCAGCACGCUAAGCCGCCGCGACGAGACUCUCAACACCUUCUGCGGCUCCCCGCCCUACGCCGCGCCAGAGCUCUUCCGGGACGAACACUAUAUGGGCAUCUUCGUAGACAUCUGGGCCCUGGGCAUCAUGCUGUUCUUCAUGGUGACAGGAAGCAUGCCCUUCAGGGCGGAAACGGUUGCCAAGUUGAAGCGCUGUAUCCUGGAGGGGGCCUAUGUGCUGCCCUCCUGGAUACUGGAGCCCUGCCAGAGGCUGAUCAGAGGCAUCCUCCAGCCUCAGCCCUCAGAUCGCUGCAGUGUAGAGCAGAUAAUGGGCUGUGAGUGGCUGCUGUGUGUAGACUUCCCCCGGGCCAUGGAGCCCUUUAAACUGGACCCGUCCUAUCUGGCCGAGAGCACACCUUCAGAGUUGGAGGAGGAUGAGGCGGAGGUGAGGGGGGCACUGGAGACACUAGGGAUCACCACGGAGCAUAUCUUGAAUAAUCAGGGGAAGGACUGUAGGAGUUCUAUAACAGGUGUUUAUAGGAUUCUGUUGCACCGUGCGCACAAGAAGCGGGCAGUGGAGAGCAUGCCUGCAGUUAUGCAUGUGGUCGGGGCCAGAGUGAGUAAAAAGGACCGGCUGAAGGCGUACCGCAGCUUACAGCACACCUCCAAGCUCUGUGUGAUUCUGUGAUGAAAAGCCUUUACUCCUAUAGUUGAACUUUAUUGUAUUUUUUGUCAAACGAUUAGAAUGUAUGUUACUGUGAAUGAGGAAUGAGAUGGUGAAUUUUAAAUCACUUUGAUUUCUGCCUUGAAUGUUGAUCGGCAAAACAUUCAUCUCAGAUACGCUAAGAAAGACAAAAAAAGUUUUCAAGUUGGGAUUCAAGUGAGUAUUUGUCUUUGUGAGAAUAUACUUUAGCCUGGGUGCCAGUCUUUCCCUAAUUUAUCUCACAAGAAAAGGCAAACAUGUAACAUAUGGUUAUCCAGCAGACAUUUUUCUCCAAAGGAACCUGGGCGAUUCCAGCAUUAUGUUCAUAAUACUUGCUCACAAAAUCACAACUUAAAUGUCUCACAGAAUGGACAAACUAAAUAUAAAUACAAUUUUGAUGUGUGUGUCUAUAUUACCCACCAGGGGGAAUGUACAGUGCCUUGCGAAAGUAUUCGGCCCCCUUGAACUUUGCGACCUUUUGCCACAUUUCAGGCUUCAAACA